GUGUUAGUCGUGAAUAUAUAAACCGGCACCAACACCACUCUCCGAACCCUAUCAGAUACUGUUGGAAUCAGUAGCACUCUGAGCCAUCGUCGAGUUCUCCGCUCUCUCGAAAUCUCUUUCCCCCAAAGUUGAUUAUUUUUCCGCUAACCGUUUUCCUUUGCAGACUCUACAAACCCUAACCCUAGCCAUAUUUUUUCAACUUAUUCACAGCUUCAGGGAAUAUGGGAGAAACCAGGGAGAACGAUGGGUACGAGGAAGAGCUUGUUGACUACGACGACGAAGAAGCCCAUGCCCCAACUUCCGCGGUCAAAGUUAACGGCGAAGGCGCCAAGAAGGGCUAUGUAGGAAUUCACAGUUCAGGAUUCAGGGACUUCCUUUUGAAGCCAGAGCUUCUUCGAGCUAUUGUGGACUCGGGAUUUGAGCAUCCUUCUGAAGUGCAACACGAAUGCAUCCCUCAAGCCAUCCUGGGCAUGGAUGUCAUUUGCCAAGCUAAGUCUGGGAUGGGGAAAACCGCUGUUUUUGUUCUUUCAACAUUGCAGCAGAUUGAACCUGUUGCAGGACAAGUUUCUGCAAUUGUGCUGUGUCAUACAAGGGAGUUAGCAUACCAGAUUUGUCACGAGUUCGAGAGAUUCAGUACGUACUUACCCGAUCUCAAGGUGGCUGUCUUCUAUGGUGGUGUCAAUAUCAAAGUUCACAAGGAUUUGCUGAAAAACGAAUGCCCCCACAUUGUUGUUGGAACACCUGGAAGAAUAUUGGCAUUGGCAAGAGAUAAGGACCUUUCUUUGAAGAAUGUGAGGCAUUUUAUUCUUGAUGAAUGUGACAAGAUGCUUGAAUCACUUGACAUGAGGAGAGAUGUGCAGGAGAUUUUCAAGAUGACUCCUCAUGAUAAGCAAGUUAUGAUGUUCUCUGCAACACUCAGCAAAGAAAUCCGCCCAGUUUGCAAGAGAUUUAUGCAAGAACCAAUGGAAAUUUAUGUCGACGACGAGGCAAAGUUAACCCUUCAUGGUCUUGUUCAGCACUACAUCAAAUUGAGCGAGUCGGAGAAAAACCGCAAGUUGAAUGACCUCCUUGAUGCAUUGGACUUUAAUCAAGUUGUUAUCUUUGUCAAAAGUGUCAACAGAGCAGCUGAGCUUAACAAGCUACUUAAGGAGUGCAAUUUCCCCUCUAUAUGCAUCCAUUCUGGCAUGUCCCAAGAGGAAAGGUUGACACGCUACAAGAAUUUUAAGGAGGGGCAGUCGAGGAUUCUUGUGGCCACAGACUUGGUUGGUAGGGGGAUUGAUAUUGAACGUGUUAACAUUGUCAUUAAUUAUGACAUGCCAGAUUCUGCAGACACUUAUCUCCACAGGGUUGGUAGAGCUGGUCGGUUUGGAACCAAAGGGCUUGCAAUUACAUUCGUUUCAUCUGCUUCCGAUUCGGAGGUUCUCAAUAAUGUUCAAAUGAGGUUUGAGGUGGAUAUAAAGGAACUUCCUGAGCAGAUUGAUACCUCUACAUACAUGCCAUCAUAAGUGGGUGGAGGUCGCUUUGGUUGGCAUAUCCACAACGGCGCAUCUUACUUGGAAAAUGUAGGGGGCAGAACCAUAAUGUCGAACUAAUAUGAAACAAUUGGGGUUUGAGAAAUAGCAGUUGCUCAGAUCUGGUGUACACUUGAGAAGUUAAAAUGUAGCUUUUGAAGAAAAACUUGUUGCUAGUGGUUCAGCACGCGAGGAAUUAGGUCUUACACUAUUAUUCUAUUAGGACUUUGCCGUGGAGUUGCAUUUUGAUUUUUGGCCUUGAUUUUUCGUAUUAUGUACUAAUCAGAGCUUCUUCUUUCUUUUUAAUUUGUGGAACUUGAAAUAGAGGGAAACGCCUAAACCCACCGAGGGUUUGUCCCGA